GAUCGAUCUGCGUGGCUGCGAAGAGCAAAGGCCCAUAAAGUAGGAGAUCGCGUCGUCGACGGCUUCCCUUCCUCUUUCCCUCAUCAACAACACCCUACGCCCUACUCCUUUUCCUCUCACCGUGUAUCGCCCUCUACUAUAGGCUACACGAUGUACGUCUACAAGAGAGACGGCCGAAAGGAGACGAUCCGCUUUGACAAGGUCACAGCCCGUAUCGGCAAGCUCUGCUACGGUCUUGACACCAACUAUGUCGACCACUACGAGGUGGCCAAGAAGGUCAUCGACGGCAUCUACGCAGGCGUGACGACCGUCGAGCUCGACAACCUCGCCGCAGAGACGGCAGCCUACAAGACGACUACCCACCCCGACUAUGCUGUCCUUGCAGCGCGUAUCGCCAUCUCGAACCUGCACAAGGAGACGCGCAAGACGUUCAGCGCCGUCGUCCAGGACCUUUUCGAGUACGUCAACCCGAAGAACAACAAGCACAGCCCCAUGAUCUCAAAGGACACGUACGACGCUGUCAUGGCGAACAAGGAGGCUCUUGAUGGCGCUAUCAUCUACGAGCGCGACUUCCACUACAACUUCUUCGGCUUCAAGACCCUUGAGCGAUCAUACCUUCUCCGCAUCAACGGGCGUGUCGCUGAGCGCCCGCAGCACAUGCUCAUGCGCGUUGCUGUCGGUAUCCACGGCCACGACAUCGAGUCGGCCAUCGAGACCUACAACCUCAUGUCCCAGAAAACCUUUACGCACGCCAGCCCCACGCUCUUCAACGCCGGCACUCCUCACCCCCAGCUCUCCUCAUGCUUCCUCGUUACCAUGAAGGACGACUCAAUCGAGGGCAUCUACGACACGCUCAAGACCUGCGCCAUGAUCUCAAAGACUGCUGGCGGUAUCGGCUUGAACAUUCACAACAUCCGCGCGACCGGCUCCUACAUCGCCGGGACCAACGGUACCUCAAAUGGUAUUGUGCCCAUGCUGCGAGUCUACAACAACACAGCACGCUACGUCGACCAGGGUGGCAACAAGCGUCCUGGAGCCUUUGCCAUCUACGUCGAGCCUUGGCACUCUGACGUAUUCGAGUUCCUAGACCUGCGCAAGAACCACGGCAAGGAGGAAGUCCGCGCCCGCGAGCUCUUCUACGCCCUCUGGAUCCCGGAUCUCUUCAUGAAGCGCGUCGAACAAAACGGCGAGUGGUCCCUCAUGUGCCCAGCCGAGUGCCCUGGCCUUGCCGACUGCUACGGCGAGGAAUUCGAGGCCCUGUACGAGAAGUACGAGCGAGAGGGACGCGUCAAGAAGACGAUCAAGGCCCAAAAGCUCUGGUACGCCAUCCUUGAGGCCCAGACUGAGACAGGCAACCCCUUCAUGCUCUACAAGGACGCCGCAAACCGCAAGAGCAACCAGAAGAACCUCGGCGUCAUCAAGUGCUCCAACCUGUGCACUGAGAUCAUCGAGUACAGCGCACCUGACGAGGUCGCUGUGUGCAACCUUGCUUCGAUCGCCCUUCCGGCCUUCAUCGACGCUCAAACCAAGACGUACGACUUCAAGAGGCUGCACGAGGUGGCCAAGGUCAUCUGCAAGAACUUGAACAAGAUCAUCGAUGUUAACUAUUACCCUGUGCCCGAGGCCAAGAGGUCCAACUUCAGGCAUCGCCCCAUUGGUAUCGGUGUCCAGGGUCUCGCCGACGCGUUCAUGAUCAUGGGCUACCCCUUCGACUCCGCUGAGGGCAAGAAGCUCAACAUCCAGAUCUUUGAGACCAUCUACCACGCUGCCCUCGAGCGCUCCUGCGAGCUGGCCGAGCGCGACGGCCCCUACGAGACGUAUGAGGGCUCUCCCGCCUCUCGUGGCGAGCUGCAGUACGACCUGUGGGGCGUGACCCCCUCCGACCUUUGGGACUGGGCCGGCCUCAAGGAGAAGAUUGCCAAGCACGGUCUUCGCAACUCUCUUCUCCUCGCCCCGAUGCCCACGGCGUCCACGUCGCAGAUCCUCGGCUUCAACGAGUGCUUCGAGCCUUACACGUCCAACAUCUACACUCGCCGUGUUCUCGCGGGAGAGUUCCAGGUCGUCAAUCCCUGGCUGCUGCGCGAGCUCGUAGAGCAGGGACUGUGGGACGAGACGAUGAAGAAUCGCAUCAUUGCGCACGGUGGAUCGGUGCAGAACGUGCCCGGUAUCCCGGACCGUAUCAAGAGACUGUACAAGACCGUCUGGGAGAUCUCGCAGAAGACGAUCAUCGACAUGGCCGCCGACCGCGGAGCCUUCAUCUGCCAGUCGCAAUCCCUCAACAUUCACCUGUCCGCUCCCUCAUUCGGUCAAUUGACUUCCAUGCACUUCUACGGCUGGCGCAAGGGACUCAAGACUGGAACCUACUACCUCCGCACCCGCCCUGCAGCCAACGCCAUUCAGUUCACAGUGUCAGCCGAGGAGCAGGCUCUCGCCAAGGAGGCCAACCGCAAAGCCAGCAGCGCGAAGAAGGCCGUCGUCGCUCCCGGUGCCGGCAGCAGCAGCAACAGCGGUGCCUCGACUCCCUCCGGCGCCGUCCCGACCGUAGCCGUCAAUGGCUCCAAGCCUCCUUCGGCAAAUGGAGUUGCUGACCUCACGGCUGGCGUGGGCCGCCUUGGUGUUGACGGCACCGUAACGGAGGAUGGCCCUGGAGGCCUGAAGGCUCAACCUCCCCGCUUGUCGAAUGGUGCUUCCCCCGCCAGCCCGGCGGUCAGCACCGCCUCGACCGAUUCGGAGGAUGCUGUUCCCGCGGCCAAGCUCUCUCCUUCCACCGCUGACGAGGCGGCGGCCAUCGCUGAGGCUAAGACAAAGGCGCAGGAGGAGGCUAGCAAGACGGCUAACAUGGCUGCCAAGGCAAACGGCGCCGAGGAGGCAGACGGCGGCUUCCAGGCUGCUCUUCAGCGUCAGAGGCAGAGACAGCUUGAGGCUGAUACUCUUGUGUGCUCGCUGGAGAACAAGGAAGCAUGCCUCAUGUGCUCAGGAUGAGGGCGAGCAGCACCUCGACUCACCCUGCUCUUGACGACUCAUCCAUAUCCCCCUUUGAUCCUCUGCUACGCGUCAUUCCCCAUUGCCAUCUCACGGUCUUUUCUCCUCUACUCUCCUGUCCUCUCCAUCGGUCUUGUAUCUUGUUCUUGUGGGUCUCGUAGUUCUCACGUCUUUCCUCGCUGUUUCAUUGAUUCAAUCUCAGCUAGCAUUCUGCCUAUCUUACGUUGUGCC